AAAAAAAAGAAUCAAAAAACCUCUCCUCUCUCCUCCUCUUGUUCAUGUGAAUGUCUGAGCCUGAGCUUCUUCAAUGCAUGUGCUCUCGCUUCUGGAUCUCAAUUAGUUUCUUAUUACAGCUUUUUCUUCACUCUCUUCUCUAUCCCUUAGCUGUCACGAAACAUUCUCUUUCACUCUUCCCUCUCUCCACAUAAAAAUCUCAAUUCUAUCAACAUUCUUCAACACCUUAAGUUUACCCAUUCUUGUCUCUACAGACAAAAAAAAACAAUUGAAUUUGUUUUGUGGGUUCUUUAAUGGAUCCAAGAACAAGACUUGACUAUGCUCUGUUUCAGCUCACACCCACCAGAACAAGAUGUGAGCUUGUGAUUUUCUAUGGUGGCGAGAAUGAGAAGCUUGCUUCUGGGAUAUUUCAACCGUUCGUUACACAUCUCAAGAGCGUUAGAGAUCAGAUUUCUAAAGGUGGAUACUCUGUUACUCUCCGUCCUUCCUCCGCCGUUCCUUGGUUCACUAAAGUGACCCUUCAGAGAUUUGUGAGAUUCGUGACCACUCCUGAGGUUCUUGAGAGGUCUGUUACAUUAGAGAAGGAAAUUGAGCAGAUCGAGGAUUCGAUUCAGUCUAAUGCAGCCGCCAUUGCAGGCGAAGCUGAAGGAAAUGAGUCUUCUCAGAGGUCUACGGCUUUGUCAAAGACAAAAGGGGAAACUGAUGGAGACACUGUGGAAGAAAAUUCUAAGGUUGGUCUUCAGCGUGUGCUUGAGAAUCGCAAAGCGGCUUUGUGCAAAGAGCAAGCUAUGGCUUAUGCCCGAGCUUUGGUUGUUGGCUUUGAAUUGGACUAUAUGGAUGACCUUUUUUCUUUCGCUGAUGCUUUUGGAGCUUCGCGUUUAAGGGAAGCUUGUGUUAACUUUGUGGACUUGUGCAAGAGAAAGAAUGAAGAUAGAAUGUGGGUUGACCAAAUCACGGCUAUGCAAGCAUUUCCUAGGCCUGAAUUAUCGUUCAUGGGUGACUCUGGGAUCGUACUCGCUGGCGAAGAGAAUGAUUUGUUGAAUGCUACAAACGUAAAACAUGGAAACUCCAUGGAUGCCUCGAGCCAGGGCAGCUUUGAGGCUAGCCAAGAAGGGAGAGCUCAAAUGGUAAUGCCAUGGCCAAACCAGUUUCCUCAGUACAUGCAGAACUUCCAAGGACAUGGGUAUCCACCUCCUUAUAUGUUUCCGGGUAUGCAAGGCCAGACACCAUAUUUCCCUGGGAAUAUGCAAUGGCCCGUAAAUAUGGGAGAUGUGGAGUCAAAUGACAAGUCUUCCAAAAAGAAAAAGAAGAAGAAGAAGAAAAAGAAGUCAAAGCAAGAUGAAUCUACUGAGCCAAGCGAUGAUUCCAGUGUUGAGACCAAAUCAGAAGACAGAAAUGAAGGAAAGAAACAAUCCAGGAAAGUGGUUAUCCGCAACAUAAAUUAUAUAACUUCAAAGAGGAAUGGAGCGAAGGAGAGCGAUUCAGAGGAGUCUGAAGAAGAAGAAGAAGAAGGGUUUGUAGAUGGAGAUUCCAUCAAACAGCAAGUAGAAGAAGCUAUUGGCUCACUAGAGAGACGGCACAAAUCAACUUCGCGCCGUCAGAGGAAAAACAAAAGUCACAACGAUGAUGAUGAUGAUUCAAGUAACAAGGAAACUAAGGGGAAUGAUAAUUGGAAUGCCUUCCAGAAUCUUUUAUUGAAAGACAAUGAUUCGGAUCCAGAAGAACCACUACGAACAUCAUCAUCUGCGUUAAACAUGGAGUCUGAAGUUGUGAGAAAGAGAGAGCCGCCUUCGGAUGAUUCGUUCCUGCUUGCAAAUGGGAAUGAGGAUUGGGGAACAGAAACCAGCAUUAAGAAAUUAGAUGCAGGUGAGAAUGGUCGGAUGAUAAGGAGAGGGAAUAACUAUGAUGACGAGAUGUUGAAUCCAGGUAGAAGUGAUGAAUCAAGAAGCUAUUCGCAGGCAGAGAUGUCGAUUUAUGAUGGGAAGCUCAGAGCCAGAAAUGAGGCAGAGGAUGACUGGUUCAUACGUAACCAAGCAGGUCCAGAAACAGAUCCAAGUCUUGUCAAAACAUUUGUAGGAGACCAAUUCCACUUAAAUAAGAGCAGUGAAAGGGAUGUUCUGACCGAUGACUCGUUCAUGAUCCAUUCUCGUGUUGAGGGCCAAGUAGAAGAGUCCCAGUUAAGGACUGACAUCAUGGACUCAGAUGUUUACGGAACCACCCAGCAAGAAAAUAAUGCCUCAGAGAUCACUCCGCAUGAGCCAGAUGACCUUUUCAUGGUUCUUGGACGAGAACAAGAUGUUGAACCUACAUUGUUACCAUGGACCCCUGAAAUUGACUACGAGACUAACACAUUAGCUCAAAAAACAAGCAAAAUCGAUAUGGAAACUGCCACAAAGGCCUCUGCAGGUGAAAAAAUCUCAGAUGGUAAAGAAAAGAAGAGUCGUGGUAUUUCCAAGGGGAAAGAUGCAAAGUCAAGGGCAUCUAGUAGACCGGACCCAGCAUCAAAAGCCAAUAGACCUGCUUGGGGAAGUAGAGCUGCUGUCUCCAAGACAAAAUCCCAGAUGGAGGAAGAGAGAAGGAAGAGAAUGGAAGAACUUUUAAUUCAGAGGCAAAAAAGAAUUGCAGAGAAGAGUUCUGGUGGUGGUGUAUCCAAGAAAACUCCUCCUGCGACCAAAACAGUGAAGAGCUCAGUAAAGAACGAGAAGAUCCCAGAAGCCGUGCAGUCAAAGGCUAUGCCCGUACUGAGAAGUUCAACCAUUGAGCGCCUUGCUGUUGCUCGGACCGCUCCAAAGGAGCCACAACCAAAACCAGUAAUCAAAAGACCAUCAAAACCGUUAGGAAACAAGACAGAGAAAGCUCAGGACAAGAAAACGAGUAAAGCAGGUCCAUCUGAUGCAAAAAGUCUGGACCUUUCUCGUGACCCGAGUCUCGAAAUCAAGGAAACGGUGGUAGAAGAUUCACAGUCUUACUUAUCCGUGAAGCAAGUCGAAGACCUUCCUGCUGCUGCUGCUGCUGCAGCUGAUGACGAUUUCAAAGAUAUUAAAGAGUUACAUAGCUUGCCAUCAGAAGAAACUGCUAGAGUAAACAAUGGACCAAAUGAAAUCAUAGCCGAUGCAACCAAUCAUCAGAAAGUACAAGAUCAGACGAGAACCGAUGAUCAGGAAACAGUAAAGAAGUCAACUGUAUCUGAAGAUAAGCAAAUUGACCAUUAUUCGGAGGAUGUUGGAGAAGUCCAGGUUUCACAGGCAAAACCAGCGUCUCCGAAGAAGUCAGUGACAUUCUCAGAGACAAACAUGGAGGAGAAGUAUUAUUUCUCGCCAGCGGCCUCAGAGAUUGACGUGUCGACACCGCCGGUGACUGAAGCAGAUCACUCGAGGAAGAAAUGGAACAGUGAAGAGACGUCUCCCAAGGCAACGGCUAAAGUUUUCAGGAAGCUUCUUAUGUUCGGAAGAAAAAAGUAAAAUUGGAGUUUAGAAUUCUUCUCCGGAUUCAUCAUCAUCAACUCUGUUUUGAGAAUGUUGAGUAUAGUUUGAAAAUCCCGGUUUCAUAUUUUUCAUCUUUUAUUCUUUAAAAUUUUUCUUGUGUGAUAUUAAAUACUAUUUUUUUCGUUAUCGGUUUGAUUUGUGUCUGUUUAUAUUUACUUUGUUGAUGUGUUGUUUAUACUUCAUAGCAUUGAAAGUGGACACUGGAUUGUGAGAAAUUGGUUUGGUGAGUUUGAAUAAUGUAAGAUUCUUUUGGAUUUUUGUAACUAAUAAAGCUAUUUGAUUGAUGAA